GUGCUUGUUUGGGGAGUUUCAGGCGAGGCAGUGAGCAUAAUAUCAAUGGGGAAUCGACGUUUCAGUCGGGUUGCGACGAGCGACGAUGAAGACGAAUCAGUGGAAGCGCGUCCACAACGCACGCGGAAGCGGAUGAGGCUUCUGGAGGAAGAUAACGAUAACGAUGACGAGAUUAAGGAAGAAGGGCCUCAGCCUUUGGAGGACGCUAAGCCCAUUGGCGAGCCCGUUAGGUUUUCGGGAAAAGGAAGAGGCAGGAAGAAGCACUAUGAAUCCUUUGAAUUCGACGGCAUCCAAUAUAGUCUCGAGGACCCUGUUCUUCUCGUCCCCGAGGAAAAAGGCCAAAAACCAUAUGUCGCCAUUAUUAAGGACAUUACGCAGGGCAACAAUGGUAACGUGAUAGUGACGGGGCAGUGGUUUUAUCGCCCUGAAGAAGCUGAGAAAAAAAGUGGUGGAAACUGGAAGUCGUGUGAUACGAGGGAGCUGUUUUAUAGCUUCCACCGUGACAAUGUUCCUGCGGAGGCUGUUAUGCAUAAGUGUGCAGUACAUUUUAUUCCCUUGCAUAAACAACUUCCGAAACGUAAGGAUCAUCCCGGGUUCAUUGUACAGAAAGUGUAUGACACUGUUGAAAGAAAACUCUGGAGGCUGAGUGAUAAGGACUAUGAGGAUAUUAAACAGAGUGAGAUUGAUGAGCUUGUUCAGAAGACUCUGAGGCGGAUUGGUGAACUACUUGACAUUGAGCCUGAGGAGGCCCCUGCUGAUGAUGAGGACCAACUGAAAGUUGGAAAAACCUUAAGGAGAAAGAGUGAUUCAUCUCUUGAUGUUUCAAGGGAGGAGGAAGAAACUCUUGAAAGUGGACUGCAUUCUAAGUCUGAAACACCAGCGAGUUGUGUACCUAAUGCCUCAGAGUAUUAUCGCAUAUUGGUAGAAUUCAAUGCUCUAACUGGAGAUAGCCAUCGUGACAAAUGGUUGGAGAGGUUGCUUCAACGCAUGCAGUACAUGUGUGAUUCUAAUGAUAGAAAAGAAAAGGACAAUGGAUUAGGAAAUGUUAAUUCUUCUGAUGAAAUUAACGUUGGAAGCAAGAGUAGAAGUUCAGAAUCAGCAAAUGACUGUCAAGACAAGGGUCAAAAGAGUUCCAACUCUUUUAUUUGGCCAGAUGCUGUUGUUUCAGCCGUAGUUGCUCUUGAAAAAGCUUCAUACGGUGCUCUCUCAUCAGAUUCUACGAAGUACAACCAAAAGUUGCGGCAACUAGCUUUUAAUCUCCAGAAAAAUGCAGUGUUAGCACGCCAUCUAUUAAAUGGAGAGUUGGAACCUUCAAAAAUAUUAAAUAUGACACCCAAUGAAUUAAAGGAGGGUUUGGUUGCUGAGGAAAGAACCAAGGAGCGUGAUGAGACUCAGCACUUGCAAAUGACAGAUGCCCGCUGCUCAAAAUGCAUGAAUUGUAAGGUGGGUUUGAAAGAUAUUAUCCAAGCUGGAAAUAAUGAACGUUAUCAGCUUGAAUGUGUUUCUUGUGGCCAUACCUGGUAUGCCUCCCGAGAUGAGGUGUCUAUGCCGACCUUAGAUGCGUCGACGUCAAAGGGAAACACAGGCCCAACGCCAUAGGCCUCUGCAAAAUUUGAAGAUGUUCAGAUGAAGCUGGUGUGCCCCGUGGAUCCGAAAAGUCAGCCAAUGGCAUCUUUUGAAUCCAGGAAUGAUGAAAAUAUCUGUCCUGUUUGAUUCUGCGCAUAGCAUAGAUCAAGCGGUUGGUUUUGUGUAGUACUACACAUAAACUGUUGUCAAUCAUUAGGGUAGUGUUAGUAAUAGCUGUAAAUUUCAGAGUUUUCUUUGAUUAUUUGUUUGAAUCUAUAUCUAUACUUACUGUAUAUGGAGGAAAUAUAUAUUUUUAGUAUACAAAAAAUUGACUUUGAUUAUUUGUUUAAA